CGCGCGCCGCGAGGAGGGAGCACCGUCCGCCGCCGCAGUAUGGCUCUCACUUGCGGGGCCAAGUGCGCCAAAGCCCUGCUGAUCACCUUUAAUCUCAUAUUCUGGACUGUGACGUCACCCCGUCGCAAAAAGCACCUUAGUUGUGCGGCUCAUCGGUCCGAGAAAGAUGCGGUUCGAGACGGCUGACCCGGAUGACGUCAGAGAAAGGCACGGUGCCGUCCAGUGGAGACACUUCAUAUGUGACAGGAGUCACCUGGCGGAGGAUGCGCUGUCGGGCCUGGCGCUCAUCGGGCUGGGCGCGUUCCUGCUGAUCGACGAGCACCGGUCGACGCUGUUCCGGCUGUUCCGGGUGGACGAGAGCCACGCGCUCCCGCAGUACCUGGCCUACGCGCUCGUCGGCACCGGCCUGCUGGUGCUCCUCGUCGGCUUCUUCGGCUGCUGCGGCGCCGUCAAGGAGAGCAAGUGCCUGCUGGGCGCGUACUUCGCCUUUCUCUUCGUCAUACUCGCCUGCGAGCUGGCCAUCGGAGUACUUGCCGUCAUCUUCCAGGACAAGAUAUUAUCGGAUAUGAAAGACAACUUGAACAAUGCGCUCAAAAAAGACUACGGAAAGAAGACUCACGUGACUACUGCCUUCGACUGGGCGCAGGCCAAGAUGCUGUGCUGCGGGGUGUUCGGGCCUGCUGACUACACCGAAAGCGUGUGGAAGGCGGAGAGCAUCGGGCGCGGCGACAACGUGAGCAAGACGUGCUGCCGUCUUCGCGACGAGGGCGAGCCGGACGCUCACAAGAACCCGCGGCCGCUCAACGAGACGCUGUGCCAGAGUGCGGCAGACUCCCAGCAGAACCCGUACCGGCACAACCGGGGCUGCAUAAGUGCACUGGAGGAGUUCGUCAAGCGGGAGAGCACGCUGCUCAUCGGCGUCGGCUGUGGAGUGGCCGGUCUAGAGAUGAUCGGCAUGAUAUUCUCCAUCUGUCUCUGCAAGGAGGUGUAGCCCCGACGUUGCUGACCCAAGCUCGCGCACUGCCACAUUCGUAAGGCGGCUGGCCUGUACUGCGCGAAGGUCCAGGAGGGCCGGAAAGGAUGCGAGAGAGGAUGGUGCCACUAAAGUGGCUCUAGUCGAGUCCCGGAAGAGACGUGUUCCAUGUGUGUCGAGCAGGCGGUAGUCGAGUGAGAGGUGCGCUUCUCUUCACGAUCGAUUUGUGUCUGAACCGCCAUCCAAUAUUCACUGUAGCCGUACAAGAGCCGCGCGUAAAGAGACGUCCGUAUUUUUCGUGUCAAACAAUCGGGCUGCGGCGCUCCCCACCUCAUGCACGCACGAGAUGCUUCGCUCCGAUGCGCGCAAUUGCCUGUCGCAAGUCCUUUGCAUCCACCGCACUCCCUCUGUGUAAAUUAUAUGUCCCAACGUGCGCAAACAUUUUGGCAGAUAACUCAGUGAUAGGCGUCAACAGCCGCAACUUUCAGCCUUUCAUUUGUCACUUUGAAGAUGUUGUGCAGCCGGCCGGAUAGGUUUCGAAGCAGCGGUAUGCUUCUUUUUCUCUAUUAGCAUUGAUGAAAAAUUAAGGCCAGCGCUAUAGAUUUUAAGCACUGAGCCUUGUUCUGAUGAAACGUUUUACGCGAACCUUUUAUUCCCAUUUGUUUCUAGAGAUCUCUCGAUUCCCCACCUAAGCAUUAUCGCGACUCCCUUGGAUGUAAAAGCUGCACGUAGGGUCCUUAUUUCUUCUGUCACAUAGGGGCUAAAGAUAUUUCAGCAAUCAAUCAUUGGCUAUCUCGGUGUAGUCUAGAGAAGACCAUCGGCGUUUCUGACCCGCGAAACGUCAGCGCUAGUUCCACUGUCCCGAAAACCUCUCGCAGUGUCAACUCGGGUAUGUGUCACCCGAGCAACCAAGGAGCUUGAGCGAUGGUCACCGUGAAGACGCCGCAGAAAGGCGUGCCGGGCUAAAAUGAGCGUUUAGGCUAUCAAACGGCGGCAGGUAGCUUUCCUGCUUUCUUUCAAUGCUUCCGGUAGGACGCCUGAACAUAAAUGGUCGCGCUAACUACACUGCCGAAUAACGGAGAUAAUUGUUUAAGCCAGAUCGAGAUGUUUGGCCGCCAGUCCGACAUUGUAAGCAUAAUUGCUUUGCGAACUGUCCGAGCAUGGAGCCUAUGUAGAGGUAGGCGAUUA